AUGGCUACCCCUAGUGUCCUCGCUUUUGACGCUGAGGGUCGGGCCAUUGACUUUGAGGUCUGGGUAGAUGACCUGCAGCUGUUCUUACAGUGCGAUAGGGUAGACGGCAUCUCUCUCUUUGACCUUUCCUCUGGCGCUUCCCCUGCCCCUGCUGCUGAUGCUGACGCCACUGUUCGCUCCCAGGGUGUUCCCCCUCCCCCCUGCUGCCCUCUGUUGCCUCUGCUGCUACGGCCGACCUCCUUGGUCUUGAGUCAGUCGGUGCGGCGUGUGCCCCUAGCGGGAGACGCCGCCCUGGCAAGGGCAAGGGGGGCAAGGGAGCUCGAGGAGCGGGCGGUGGAGGUGGAGGUGGAGGCGGUGGGGGUAGUGGGGGUGGCGGUGGGAGUGGAGGUGCGGGUGGGGGGGUCGGUGGCGGCGGUGGAGGCGGAGGCGGCGGCGGCGGUGGCGGUGGGAGUGGAGGUGGCAGAGGAGGCGCCGGUGGAGGCGGCGGUGGAGGCGGCGGUGGAGGCGGCGGCAGUAGCGGAGGCGGCGGAGGCGGUGGGGGUGGCAGUGGAGCUGGUCGCGGGCCUUCGCAGAGGAGUGGCUCCGAUAGUGGCGCGCGCGAGCAGCAGCAGCGCGGUCGUGAGACCCUGUCCCCUCAGCAGCUCCGUGAGUGGUACACUGCACGCCAGCGGGGUGGGGGUUUUGGUCCGUGCACCUACGUCCUGCGCACCGGCGACCGUGCGGGUGAGCAGUGUGGGGGUCCGCACCCCACCCAGCGCUGCUUUGGCCGCUUGA